UUUUUUUGACGCAUCAAUUUCAAGUCGAGUCUGUGCCCAACUGCAUUCCGUACUCUUCGCUGCAAUGCAGGUGAAAGUUCAAGCAGAUUCUGGGAAGAUGGAUGUCAACCAGGCCAAACAAGAGCAUCUGCUUGCUUUAAAAGUGAUGCGGUUGACAAAACCAACGUUGUUCACUAACAUGCCUGUGACAUGUGAAGACAGAGACCUGCCAGGAGACCUUUUUGGCCAUCUUAUGAAGGAAGACCCAUCUACUAUAAAGGGGGCUGAGACGAUAAUGCUUGGAGAAAUGCUGACACUUCCACAGAACUUUGGAAAUAUCUUUCUGGGGGAAACAUUUUCCAGCUACAUCAGUGUGCAUAAUGAUAGCACUCAAAUUGUGAAGGACAUUCUGGUGAAGGCAGAUCUUCAGACAAGCUCCCAACGUUUAAACCUAUCAGCAUCCAAUUCCGCUGUGUCGGAUCUUAACCCUGAGUGCUGUAUCGAUGAUGUUAUUCAUCAUGAAGUAAAAGAAAUUGGAACGCACAUUUUGGUGUGUGCAGUCAGUUACACCACACAGACAGGAGAGAAGUUGUACUUCAGAAAAUUCUUCAAAUUUCAGGUUCUCAAACCACUGGACGUGAAGACCAAGUUUUACAAUGCGGAGAGUGACCUCAGUUCUGUGACAGACGAAGUCUUUUUGGAGGCACAGAUUCAGAACAUCACAACGUCCCCCAUGUUUAUGGAGAAGGUCUCGCUGGAACCCUCAAUCAUGUACAAUGUGACAGAGCUUAAUACAGUCUCCACAGGAGAGGAGGGUGCAUCCACCUUUGGGAAGAUGUCUUACUUGCAGCCAAUGGACACACGUCAGUAUCUGUACUGUCUGAAACCCAAACCUGAGUUUGCAGAGAAGGCUGGAGUGAUUAAGGGGGUCACUGUGAUUGGAAAACUGGACAUCGUAUGGAAAACCAACCUUGGAGAACGGGGGCGGCUUCAAACCAGUCAGCUCCAGAGAAUGGCACCUGGUUAUGGAGAUGUCCGGCUUUCCCUGGAGCUGAUCCCAGACACUGUAAAUUUAGAAGAGCCGUUUGACAUCACUUGUAAAAUAACCAACUGCAGCAGCGAGAGAACAAUGGACUUGGUUUUGGAAAUGUGCAACACCAGCUCUAUACACUGGUGUGGAAUUUCAGGGAGGCAGCUGGGAAAGCUAAACCCUAGCUCAUCCCUAUACAUUACACUCAAACUCUUGUCUUCAGUCCAAGGGCUACAGAGCAUAUCUGGACUGAGGCUUACUGACACGUUUUUGAAAAGAACAUACGAAUAUGAUGAUAUUGCACAAGUGUGUGUAGUCUGUUCACAUAUGAAUCCAGAAAGCUAAGUUUUAUCACGUACAGCAUGACCAUAUCUAACUGGACCAACUGUGGAACUUUCUGCACCAUCACGUACCUUUAUUAUUUUAUUAAAAGUCUUUAAAAAUGCUAAUGUUAUAAAUAUUAAUUUUAAUCGUACAAAGUAUUGUAUAGUUAUUUUAAAUGUGUGAAUAAAUUGUUAAUGAGUUUUAA